AGGGAAGAGUCUGAUGAUUAGUUACCGAUUCUCCUUGCAUUAUUAAAGUUUUGGAGAUCCUGAAUCAUGUUUCCCUUUAUCCUUUUUUCCAUUCUGUUUUCUUCCAUAUUCACUGAACCUGGGGAGCGACAGUGGAUCUGCAACUCUUCUGAUUCCAGUGUUUGGUAUUCCUACUGUGAUAAGAUGAAAAUCCCUAUCUCAAUAGAUAUUGAGCCCUGUAUAAUAAUGAAGGGAAGCCGAGGAUACUUGCAUGUUUCCUUCAUUCCAAGAAGAGAUAUUAGAAAAUUAUAUUUCAAUCUCUAUUUAUCCAUAAACGCCAUGGAGUUGCCAAUGCGCAAAGAAGUUAUUUGCCGAGGAGCUGAUGAUGUUUAUUCUUUUUGCAGAGCUCUGAAGGGAGAAACUGUGAAUACAACAGUAGGCUUCUCCUUCAAGGGAAUACGAUUUUCUAAGGGAGAAUACAGAUGUGUUGCAGAAGCCAUCAGUGGAAAUACUGAAGAAAUGCUCUUUUGUUUGAAUUUUACCAUCCUAUACAACCCUAAUUUACAUUAGAAUAAAUAGAGUAUAUUUUUAUUUUUCAAAGGU